AUGGCGAACCUGCUGGAUCAGACAGAUGAUUCGGAGCUGAUGCCGCUGGACGUGCAAACAGUGCAUGCUUGGAGUCAACGGUAUCUGCAACUGAUGGGUGACAUGCCAAAAGAGGAGGAAGAGCCAACGGAUGCACAGAUGGCAGCACUGGACAAAAGGGUGAAUCAAAUGGGACCCCAGAACUUCUUGCAGUGGCAGGCUUCAAAGAAAGUGUUCAGGGUGGCUGCAAUCAGUUUGGACAUUUGUUCAUUGGCCUCCCUCAUGACCUACGAGAAGGUGAUCGAGAGGCUGACAGUGCAGUGGCCUAAGAAUUGGAACCUGAUUGCCCAUGCGGAUGACAAAGCGAGAGCUGAGAUGUUGGAACGUCUGAGACGCAAUCUUGUCAUCUACCUCAAGGAUGGCAAGCGGGUGCCCGCGGACUUCAAGGAGGACAAGCCGUGGUCAGUUUGGGAACAAAAGGGCUACAUGGGAGCGGCGUAUCAAAUUGCAUCGUCGACAGUGGGCCUAGUGAAAGCCAUGAGCGAGCUGAAGGGCAACUUCUGGGCGGUGCCAUCCAGGUCUUCAAGGGAGAUCAAGAGGAACGAGGUGCUGAAGCUGGCGAGCAUGGUGGCAGGACACGGCAGAGACCCACUACCACUAUCGCAAGAGACGGUGGAAGGGGUGGCAGCCUGCCUCAAAGGUUCGGGCAUGAGGUCCGGAGAUCAGUAUCUCAACGAGCUGAAGCUGUUACACAUCGAGGAAGGAUACGACAUGCCUCCUUGGUUGGUGAGAACUUUCACUUUGUGCAAGAAAGCCCUUUGUAGAAACAAGGGGCCAACAAAGAAAGCUGCGGAAGCCAAGUUGGAGAACAUCUCUGAUGACCUAUGGCAAGAAAAAGGGUCGGAGUUCAAGGGUGGCAUCAACUUUGCAGUGAUGUAUGCAUGGGCCUGCGUUUGGAUGCUGAGAGAAAUAAAAGCAGGAGCUUGCAAAUGGGAACAUGUGCGUGCUGACGAACAACAGAAACAAAUUACUCUUUCGAUACCUAUGUCAAAGAUGGAUCAAAUGGCAACGGGAGUGAAAAGAACGCUGCAAUGCUGUGGAGAGGUAGUUUGUUCCAGGUUCUGCGCAUGGAAUUUGUGGAGCAGAAUGCAAAAGGAGCUCCCAAGCAAGUUCAAGAAGAAGGGCUUCGUGUUCAUCAACGAGAAGAUGGAACGUUUGAGCAAAAGCAAGAUGAUUGAAGCUUGGAACUCAGCGACUAGUUGCAGGGUAUCUGGACACUCAGCACGCAGAAGUGGUGCCGUGGAACAUGUCAGGAGGGGAAUGCAAAUCCAAGAGCUGGCUUUCUUGGGUAGGUAG